AUGUCCUACAGCUGCUGCUCUGGAAACUUCUCCUCCCGCUCUCUUGGGGGCUACCUGCGCUACCCAGGCUCCUCCUGUGGCUCUUACCCCAGCAACCUGGUCUACCGCAGACCUCUGCUCUCCCAGCACCUGCCAGCUGGGCUUCUCCCUCCCCAGUGGCUGUCAGGAGACCUGCUCCAUUUUGCUACAAACCAAUCUAUGGACCUUCUACAGAUUAACUUGUUGAAAUGUCCAGAUCUUUUUGCAGAAUGUUAG